AUGUGUAUGAAGCAUGAUAAACUACUGGAGGUGUUCUGUAAGGAUGAUCAGACAUGUGUCUGCAUGCUCUGCAUUAUUUCAGACCACAAGACACAUGAAGUUGUUCCUCUACAAGAAGAAUUUGAAUUAAAGAAGACAGAGAUGGGGAAGACAGAGGCUGAAAUUAAGCAGAUGAUCCAGAAGAGAAACUUGAAGAUUCAAGAGAUUAAACACUCAGUCGAGCUCAGCAAGGAAAAUACAGACAGAGAGAUAGCAGAAGAUGUUGAGGCCUUCACCAAACUGAAGGAGUCAGUUGAGAAAUAUCAGGCCAAAGUCAUCACAAUGAUUGAAGAGAAGCAGAAACAGAGAGAGAAACAGGCUGAAGGAUUCUUAAAAGAGCUGGAGGAGGAAAUCUCUGAGCUGAAGAAGAGAAGUUCUGAGUUGGAGAAACUCUCACAUUCUGAAGAUCACUUUAACCUCCUCCAAAGCUUCAAGUCUCUGAACGCUGUUCCACCUACCAAAGACUGGACAGAAGUCAUAGUCCAUCCACUGUCAUACGAUGGGACUGUGAAGACAGCUGUGGCUCAACUGAUGACGAGACUGAAGAACAGGUUUCCAGAGGUUGAUCUAACGUGGGCCCAGCAGUAUGCAGUGGAUGUGAUGCUGGAUCCUGAUUCAGCAAAUCCCAAACUCAUCCUGUCUGAUGAUGGGAAACAAGUCCAUCAUGUUGAUGAAAAGAAGAAUCUCCCAGACAACGCAGAAAGAUUUUCUGUUGGUCUCUGUGUCUUCGGAAAGCAAAGUAUUUCAUCUGGAAGAUUUUACUUCGAGGUUCAGGUUAAAGAGAAGCCUGAGUGGCUUUUUGGAGUUGCCAGAGAGUCGAUCAACAGGAAGGGGCUAAACACAGUUAGCUGUAAGGAAGGUUACUGGACUCUACAAUUUAGGGGCGAAAAGUUCUUUGCUCUUGCCGACACUCCGGUCCUUCUUUCUCUGAAGUCAAAGCCUGAGAAGAUGGGUGUGUUUGUAGAUUAUGAGGAGGGUCUUGUCUCCUUUUAUGACGUCAAUGCUGCAGCUCUCAUCUACUCUUUUACCAGGUGCUCCUUCAAUGAAAAGAUCCUCCCAUUCUUCUGUCCUGGUGUUAAUAACGGUGGUAAAAACUCAACACCUCUGAUCAUCUCCACCACACUGAGUAGAGUAGCCAUUUGA